UCUCUCUGAAUUCACUCUCUCUCUCUCUCUCUGAGAUACCCAGAAGCGAUGAGUUUUCUCCGGCGGAGGCUUCCUCUGCCUCUGCCAUUGGGGGCGAGGUUUGAGCCCUCCGAUGCAGUGCUGAUUUCGAGUUACCUUUCUCCGAAGAUUCGAAACGAGGUUUUGGCUUGGGAUGUCAUCGGCUUUUCUGAUGAACUAUACAAUAAACCCCCAUGGGAUUUCUGUACGGACUCGACGGCGGUGUUGGAUGAUGAGAAGCAUUAUUUCUUCACUCUGUUAAAGAGGGGGAAGAAUCGCGUGCUUCGUUCUGUUGGUUCCUAUGGGACUUGGCAUGAAAGUUCCACCAAGAAAAUCUAUGAUUCUGGGUCUGGGAAGACAAUUAUUGGGUUCAACAAAUUGUUGAAUUUCAGGGUGAAGGGUGAGGGUAAGGAGAUGAAGACCACUGAUUGGUUGAUGCAUGAGUUUAGUGUUGCUGAAAAGGGCUCCGACUUGGUUCUCUGUGUAAUUUACAAAAAGAAUAAGAAGAAGGAGGAGAGGGCUUUGGCUUUGGCUUUGGAAAGACCACCCUCUGUUGUUGUCGAUUCUGGUAUUUUGGGUUCUCCAAAGAGUGUUUUUGAUCAGGUGGAUUUCUUUGACGGAAUUGAUGACACGGACAUGGGGGGUCAAGACCCAUAUGAUGAUCAAGACCCAGUUUUUGAUUUUGGUAUUUUGGGUUCUCCAAAGAGUGUUUUUGAUCAGGUGGAUUUCUUUGAUGACACGGGCAUGGGGGGUCAAGACCCGUAUGAUGAUCAAGACCCAUUUGAUGAAAGUCCCAGAUUUGCUGCCAUUGAUGGUCAUUCACAAUUCCAAGUAUUGGAUUCACGAGAAGAUGGGUUAACCAAGAACAUGGGUUCUGAAGUUGAAGGAUUUGAUGGAUUUGAUGAAGCUGAGGUGGAGGGUCUUUUACUCGACCUUGCUGAUGAUACAGAGCCCGAUUUUGACCCACUGAGUUUUCUAAAUCUACUGGAUUCAGAAGAGGAUGCCCGGCCGAGCAAGAAGAUGCGCUGUGACUUUUCCUGAUAGUGUAUUUUUUUGAUUUACUUGUACUGGAGAGCAGAACUCCUGCCAACUCCAAAUCCAAACAUUAUUUGAUAGAGUAGGACAGUAUCUUGUACUUAUAUUGUUUGUUCAUUUUAAUGUAAUUCUCUAUAUUUCUUUUAUUUUGAAACAAAGUUUCUGUUUACUGUUA